GUAGCGCUUCUACAAAAUACCAAACUCAGACGCAACUUAUCACCGAACUCUUUAACACAAACUACAUUACAAAUUACUUUAUGAUGUGAAUAUAUCUGUCGAUAAACGGAAUUAGGUGGUUUGACGAAAACGACCUUAUCUAUCUCGAUUGAAACAAAGCAUAUAAGCAAUCAACAAGGCAACCAUAUUUUCCACUGGAUCUCUCCGCCAGAAGCCAUCCACCACCACCACCACCACCACCAUGGCCUCACUUCUCCGCCCCAUAACUCUUUCCCAAUCCACCGUAUCUCACCACCAUCAGUUGCCCUCUUUAAUCUCAUCUCAUCCUUCGCGAAUCUCCACACUACCCUCUUCUAAUUGUAUCUUUACACUUUCUUCUAGACCUACUCUCAUCGUCGCAGCAGCAGCAGCAGCUACCUUCACCGGUAGUUCAGUACCGCCAAGAAAUGGAGUUCUGAUUGUGGGUGAUUUUAUGACUACAAAAGACGAGUUACACGUAGUAAAGCCCACAACAACGGUAGAUGAAGCCCUGGAAGCUCUUGUAAAAUACCGAAUAACUGGCUUUCCUGUAAUUGACGAUGACUGGAAAUUGGUUGGGCUGGUCUCGGAUUAUGACUUACUAGCACUUGAUUCUGUAUCAGGCGCUAUGCGAUCUGAUGCAAGCAUGUUCCCGGAAGUUGACAGCACCUGGAAGACAUUCAAUGAGGUACAAAAACUGCUGAGUAAAACCGACGGGAAAGUAGUUGGUGAUUUAAUGACACCCGCACCGUUAGUAGUUCGUCCAAAUACCAAUCUCGAGGAUGCUGCCAGAUUGUUACUUGAAACGAAAUAUCGGCGUCUUCCGGUUGUAGAUGGUGAAGGAAAGCUGGUGGGAAUUAUUACAAGAGGAAAUGUAGUAAGAGCUGCCCUACAAAUAAAAAAGGCUAACGAGACCAAAACAUGACACUUGGAGGAAAUGGUAUACAUUCUAGUUGAGCAUAAUAAUUAUUAUUAUUAUUAUGUGUUUCCUAUCAUAAUUAUAAAGAUUAAUUGUCAUUGGCUCGCAUAUUUUCUAACGUAAAAACGUUUCUUUUGCUAUAUUUAUUAUUUGUGUUUGUAUAAUUUUGUAAAUGGUGUCUUUAUAUCAUGCGAUGCCUAAUAACAAAAAAAAGAGAACAUCAGCGUGCACUAAAGUCUAAAGGUGCUAUUUUGGGGAAGACAUAAGUGGCUUUUCUUUUGAGUAUCAAAUUCUGUAUACAUAAAUGGUAACCCACCUGCCCUAGACU